CCUUCAGGUCCCCCCUUUUUCAGGAGCCUUGAGAGCGCCCACGUUGCCUUCUGCUCCUCUUCCUUGUCCUCCCGGUCCUCCAGCCGCUCGCCACCGCCAUGCCCGGAGGUCUGCUGCUCGGAGACGAGGCCCCCAACUUCGAGGCGGACACCACAGUCGGCCGCAUCCGUUUCCACGACUUCCUCGGAGACUCAUGGGGCAUUCUCUUUUCCCACCCUCGGGAUUUUACUCCAGUGUGCACAACAGAGCUGGGCCGUGCUGCAAAGCUAGCCCCAGAAUUUGCGAAGCGGAAUGUUAAGAUGAUUGCUCUUUCUGUUGACUCUGUCCAAGACCAUCUUGCUUGGAGUAAGGAUAUCAAUGCAUACAAUGGAGACGAGCCCACAGAGAAGCUGCCUUACCCCAUCAUUGAUGAUCACAAACGGGACCUUGCCAUCAAGUUGGGCAUGUUAGAUCCAGAUGAGCAGGAUGGGCAGGGCAUGCCUCUGACAGCUCGUGUGGUAUUUAUUUUUGGCCCCGAUAAGAAGUUGAAGCUGUCUAUCCUUUACCCAGCAACUACUGGCAGAAACUUUGACGAGAUCCUCAGGGUUGUUGAUUCCCUUCAGUUGACUGCGUACAAGAAGGUUGCUACUCCUGUUGACUGGAAACAUGGGGAUAGUGUCAUGGUCGUUCCAACUAUCUCUGAAGAGGAGGCCAAAAAACUGUUCCCUAAAGGCGUCUUCACCAAAGAGCUCCCUUCAGGCAAGAAAUACCUACGGUACACCCCUCAGCCCUAGGUUCCACCAGGAAGGCCAUGCUGGGGUCUGGCUGGAGCUCCCUUGACGGUCUCUGCCAGAAGGGAUACCAGCCUGCCAAUCAUGCCUUCCUACAGUAAUUGAUCUAAACAUGUUGGGGUGAUGAAAGUCAGGAGUUUUAGGGCUGCUCUACUAAUGGCUUGUUAAAUGAAAAUGGCACCAAAAGUCACCCAUGAUUCCUCUCUUUGUGCCUUUACCAACAUUUCACUUGGGUCAUUGAACUCCCUUGUAGCUCUGCUGGCUCUCUCUGGGAUGGCACUGUUUGGGACUUCAAUCUUUGUGAGAUCUGUUGCAUUCUCCGUCAUCAGCCAACUAGUAUGGUUGGCAUUUAGGAAAGGGACUACUUAGGAGCAUUGCAGGAAUAGGACUUCUUUAACUGACCUGAUAGACAAAUCAUCUCUUUCUCUAAUUAUCCAUUUGAGGGAGGAGACAAUUUAACGUGUCUGAUUUUGAGCUUUACCUCCCUAAGUUUAUGACCAAUAGUUUGUAAUAAUUUAGGUGUUUCAGAUAGUGUGUGUGUGUUUUUUUUUUUUUUUUUCGCAAAUGUUGAGUGUUCUAACCACAGUUAGGAAAAACUUGGAGAUUCUUCUCUUUCGAGGAGGUAACAGGAAAGCAGAAGACAACCUUAAAAUAUUUUGUUAGAUUGGGCAAAAGAGCUUUCUAAUUAUGUUACAGUGUGUGGUUGAGACUACUGAGAACUGAACAGUGCCUGCUAAGUGAUGUGCAGAAUGGUGGAGGGCCAUGAUUAUGGGUGCCUUUUUAAACAAGUCACAUAUCUAGACACGGAAAACUGCUCUUAAAUGUUCACAAUAAGAUGAAAGCUUGUAUCCUUGAGAGAGGAAGGGAUAAAGAUACUAUUUCUUUACUAUAAAAUGUUGUCUCUGCAGUGGAUUGUUUUCUGAUAUUUUGCCUUUAGGGGAGCCACAAAUAAAAGCUUUUUGAAACUAG